AAUAACACUCAAAAUACAACUUUCCUUGGUGAAAAUUACUCAGAUCAUAUUUAAUCUUGGCUAAUAGCAAUGAAAUAAGAUUCUGAACAUAUCAGCUUUAUUGUAUGUAAGGCUGGAAAUAAACCCUGAUUGUGCCAACUCACAGUCAUAGUUAGAACAUCAGCUGCUUUUGCUGAUUGAUGUGAUGAAUUAGACUUGUUAAAUUUAGGACGUGCAUAAAUGGGAGCCAUGAUGGAUCACCUCAGUGAUGAUGACAUAUUCAAAUGUAGUGUAUUCUGAACACUUGUUGUGCACUGCAGUCUGUUCAUCAGCUCAUAUGUUAAAGGAGAAAUAUGAUCCUUGGAGUCACUUUGUAUUUGCAAGGUUAGAGCAUGCUGAAGCAAACGUUCUCCUCUGAGAAAAUGAAAAUCAAUCAGAAUUCACAAAAGAUCUGGUUGGUCCUUCCUGAUUCAGCCCCAAUGAAUCCAGGUUGUUUGAAACGUUGCUGCAUUCUUUGUUGCAGGUGGAUCACAUCCUCUAGCAGCAGCGGUGGACUCCUGUCUCCUGACUUCUCAGAAACAAUGUUUCUCUUUGUAGGAACUAAAGUCACAGAGAGAAGGAAUGAACGCAGUUCUAUUUACCAGAGGAUUCGGGACCAUGAGGUGCUGGACAGGAGGAAGACGGUGACGGCUCUGAGGGCGGGCGAGGACAGAGCCAUACUGCUGGGGCUCAGCAUGGUCUUCCUCUCUGUCAUGAUGUACUUCGUCCUGGGCAUCACCAUCCUGCGCUCUUACUCUGACAGUGUGUGGACAGAUGAGGAUAGCUGCACCAUUGUGAACUCCACCAUAGUGUGGGAUGUAAACUGUUCAUACAGUUGUGGAGUAGAGUGCUGGAAGAGUUCCCGUUACCCCUGUCUCCAAGUGUUUGUCAGCCUGAACUCAUCAGGACGGCUGGUCCGAUUGCUGCACAAUGAGGAGACACACGACAGCAAUCCCGAGUGUUUCUACAUUCCAAAGUGUCAUAAAGACUAUGCUGCCACGCAUGCCAUGGUUCAGGACAUUUCUCAGAGACUCAGGACUCAACUCACAGUUCAGUGUUAUGUCGACCCAACAGAGAAGACAGACAGCGCCAUCAUGACCCAGAUUUAUGGUCGAAUUGCCGUCUUCCACUCUUUAUUCUGGCCAACCUGCUCUUUGAUCGGAGGAACCGCCAUCAUUGCCAUGGUGAAGCUGACCCAGUAUCUCUCCAUCAUGUGCGAGAGACUCAGCCGCAUCAAAAGGUGAAGGGAAACAGACGGAAGGUCAAAGACAAAUUGAGGUUGUUUUUUUUUUGCCCCCAUAAUAAAAUAAGGGAAGAAGUAAAAGCUGACUGUGGACUGCUGUUUCAUGAACUAAAGACAUUCAUGUCUCACAACCUCCAUGCAACCUACAGAAGAAGCAGACACACUUUUGGAAUGAAGUCUAUCUCAAACAUAGGUAGACAAAGCUGCUUCUAUGUCGUAUAUAUUUGGUUUUCUAAGUUUUCUUUGAAAUUCACAACCAGUGGGUGCAGAUGGUGAGUGCAGCUCAUUGACUGUAGUUGAAUUUAAACAGAUCUUGUAAUAGCCUCUUUUGUAGACACAGCACUUGAAAUAUUGUCCUUCUUCCCUGUUAUUUACAGACAUGCAUAUUAGACAUUUUAGCUAACAUUAUUAAGAUGUCUUCCUUUGUCUUUAUGUAGCCCAACAGAUUGUAAGGUCAAUACCAUUACUAUGUACAUGUGAAUGGAUUGUUCAGUAUUGGAAAAUGUGGGUGUGGUUAAAUAAAAUGAGUAUUUAACAUUACUCAUUUAUUCACAGUCACUGUAAACUACACCUUGUGGAUGUGAGGGCUAUAAAUAAAUGACCAAGUAAAUGUCAAACAA